AUGGAUGAGACUUUGCCGCUGGAGCAGGUGGCAUCCGUCGGACAAUCGUCUCCGCAACCCGCCGCAAGGUCCUCUAAAGCAGUUUCUUUCCAUCCAAGUGCCACCUGCCAAGGUUCAAGAAACUUGUUUUCCAAAAAUUUUUCGAAUUUGAGCGAGAGCGUAUGGGAAUCACGGGAGAGUAACUCUGGAUACACACAAGAAAAGCAAGCAGAUUUUGAUGAGGGCAUCCGGCGCGGUUACUAUCAACGACUCUACCGGUUCUACGAACAUUACAACCCCCAAAAGCUAAGUCGAGUGGAAGAGUACCUCGACGCCUAUAGAGGUGAAGAAGAGCAGCUAUUUGCUAUUCUCACCGGAAAGUAUGGCCCAGAACCGGCCGAUACAACGAGUAAGUCCGUAGGGUCAACUUUUUCUAGUGAAAAUGCAUCUGUUAUGCAUUGUGUCGGGAAACGUUACAAGUUUCCAGCCUCUGUUUCUCCAGAGCAAGGCAAUACGGACUAUGAAACGCCAUACUGGGGGAACUCCAAUCUCGUAAGCGAACGAGAUAUACUGAGUUUGCUCUGUAACCUUGAAACACAAAAUGUGGAGCUUCAGAAAUGUUAUGUGGGUUUGCUCGCACAACACCCAUCUAGCUCAUGGAACGGGAUAACCUACACCACAAGAGCGGAAGGAGUUGCCCCAGGUGGCACAGAAUUUCUGGGACAUUUCUGGGCUGGUAGCCUUGCUAGCAAAAAAGCAAUGGUUUGUGAAGGUACAGUCUAUCAUCGAGUGGUUUUAUAUUGUACCGAUGAAUGCCAACGAUGCGGACACCAUGAACGUUGGAGGUUAAGUAUUUACAGUAGCGAGGUAAAUUCCCUUUAUCUAAUUCGAGUGAUGUGGGAUCCAGUUGUUUCUUUGGAACCACUUCCAGUGAGCCGUUUGUCUCUUUCGUCUCACCCCUCUUCAGAGCCUGCGUUGGUGUUGGGAUCCAGUGCAAGCUGCGGGCGUUAUCGAAAUGAAAGUGGCUUCCAGCCUGAGCAACCUCCUGUAGCGACAACGUUAGCAAAUAUACUGGCAGCAGUGGAAAGACUUGAGACCAAACUUUGUGGACGGCUGGAUGCGUUGGAGUCCCGAUUUUCUAUACUCGAAUCGAAGCUGAGCCGUAUGGAUUGUGGUGCCUCAAACGAUACUACAAACUGA